AAUCUAUUUUAAUUUUUCAUCAUCAUAACGAUUUCUUCCCGCUUUCUCGGAUUUCUUCUGUUCAUCGUUCUGUCUAUGCCUUUUUAAGCACCAUCGUUCCAGAUGCUGUUUGUCUGGAAACUAUACGUCGAUGCCGGUGCUUACCGCCGGCCGUUUCCCCUAAAUAUAUCUCCGGGCGGUGACGUGAAGAUGGCGAAUAUAAUUUCCCCUUAAAUAUAUUUACGCGAGCAUGGAACUCCUUUUCAUCGUGAAUUUAUGAAUUUAGCACGGCCAUUCUGAUUGUUUGGGGACAUCGUCGAUCAAGGUGGGGGCGCACGCUCCUGUUGGAUAUCCAGAGCACGAAAUCCAAACGUAGAAAAUUGACAUCCGAGAUCGACAUGUUACAUAAAAGUUCGCAGGAGGCUAGAUUCGCCACAACGGUGGCCAUUGAUAAAGACAGGAACAGUCAACACGCCGUUAAAUGGACCCUCGACAAUCUCCCCCCCGGAAUCCGAGAAAUCGUCCUUGUCCAUGUCCAUACCAAAUUGCAAAACCGUAGAGGAUGCCCUCAAAGAAAAGAUCAUGGAGGAUGGCGCUUUACAGAAAGACAAUGAAUUCCACCAAUUCAUGACACAAUUUUUCCUCCCUUACCGUGGAAUGUGUGCUCGAAAGGGUGUGCGAGCAAAGGAGGUGGUUCUGAUUUGCUCUGAUAUUACAAGUGCACUUGCUGAGUAUGUCAAUGGGAAUGCCAUUUGCUCCAUUGUUCUUGGCGCUGCAAACCGGAAUGCUAUAGUAAGAGCAUUCAAGCACCUUGAUAUCCCAAGCAGUUUGGCAAAAUCAGUCCCAGAUUUCUGCACAAUCUAUGCUGUAUCAAGGGUGAAAGUUCAAGUUGUUAAAUUAGCCAAUCGACCACCACUGCCCGGAUGCCAUAAGCCAUCUUCUCUGGCAAAUCCUUUACCCAAUGCCCCAUAUUCAGAGGAUCUUACCAAGCAGGGUGUUCCAAGGCGUCCUGCAAGACCUGAGUUCCUCGAUGGAGGCAGCAGAGAGAGGAGCAGCAGUCUUCUUAAUAGGAGUAGCCCUUCACCCCUGCAUCCAAACUACUCUAGCAGCUAUGUUAUGCCGAAUGCUUCAUCAUCAGAGAAAACUCCCUUUCCUAACCAACCGAGCAAGCUCGGGGGUCAUGCCAAUGACAUGAGGCCUUCACCUCCGAACCAAAUCAACCAUUCAAAUCUCCAAUUCCAGGCUGCAGAUACCUUCUCUUAUUGUGCUACUGACUUGUGUGAACUUUUGGCGUCGGCAAGUUUCAUCUCUGAUGCGUCCUAUCCACACUCAGACGCUUCUAGUCACUUCGUCUACCCCCAAGCUUUGGUGAGUUCUGGGAAGUUUGCUUAUUAAGGAAGGGGAUAAAAAUCAGUAUCCAGGCCAAUCAGUCCUAUCAACUGUUGUAGUCAAGAUACUUGAUUUACAUUAUAAGUCAGAGAAGUGUGCUUGUGAAUAUAUAGAAAAUAAAGGGGAAACAAUCUCUAUCCAGACCUAUCUGUUCAUAAUAUGUUGGAAAUAAAAUUGUUUUGGAUGAUACUUGAUUUA